GCGUUUGAGCGUUUGUCUCGUCGCUUGCUUUUCGGUGUACUCGAGCGCGCAUUCGAGCGAUCCUUCAGCAAGGGGAAACGGAGCCAACGCGUUGCUCACAGCUGGCUCGCAACAGAACUCGUGCGAACAACCUGGCGGGGUACAAGUGUUUGGAGAAUUCAAUCCUUUCAGUGUAAACGCGUAAAGUGUGCCCCGACAUAGCCCGAAGUGAGUGAAGAACCGGAAGGCGGACAGUUUCCUUCCACUCGCAAGAUUAAGCACGUGCUAAUCGGUGGGUGAGAAAAUCGGAUCUUUCCCAGGCAGUAGUGUGUAGCGGCGUGUUGCAAUCUUCAAAUAGCUGAGCGGUGGACAAAAAAAUGUCAACGAACGCCCCGCACAAAUGGGGCCCGCAAUGGAGUGAACACGGUGGCGGCGGCGGUGCUGCUGACGGACGGAUUGCCGCCUGUCGCCGUCACGCUCCACGGUACCAUUUGUCAACCGGGCGACAAAUGAUCGUGCUCUCGACGCUGGCCGUGCUGUUCGUUCUGACAGCAACCCUACCUGCUGCAAUGGGCCACCAGAGAAGUUACAGUAUCGAGCCAACUGCAUCGAAUGCAUCCGAUGGAAUAACUAACAGAACCGCCAGUACGCUCACCAAACGCACCGCCGCUUCGCAAACAAACGGUAUGGUGGUGCCGCUAUGGAGUGGACCGACGCCACUAGCAACAUCCGUACCGGGUAGAGGGAGUAGCAGCAGCACCACGUCGAGCCGGCGAAACAUACGACCGCGUCGCAUACACCACACGGGAGUUGUUCGUAGCGGGCGCAGUAACACCGGCGGAACCGGCGAUCAAGUAGUAGCCGCUAGCACUCAUAGACACCAUAGCAAAUCGAUCGAUCGCAGAGUUUCAUCGACUAGACAGCAACAGCCGAUGGUGUACAAGAACCUCCAGCAAGGUUCCAUAACGCUCGAGAUGGGAUCACAUGCAUUUCUGGCGCCAGAUCAGAACCGAACGUUAACGUACCUGAACAGAGCCGACUCGACGGUAAAUCGACAUCGCGCUCCCUCAAUGAAGCGAAAAAAUGGACGCCCACCACAGGGUUACCAUCAUCGCGUUAAGGCUCCCGGUCACUUGGUAUCUGGGGGUGGUGGUGGUGGUGGCGGAGGUGGUAACGGUGGCUCUGGUGGCUACAGACGCAAUCAUGGUUCACCACUGCACCCAAAGUCGACAACGGUUGGCGAUCUUUGCAUAAGCUGCCCGCCGGAACGGACGGCGAUCGCUCGCAAAGGCCUGGACGGUGUGCUGAUUGAACCACCAUGCCUGUCCACCUGCAACGGGCGCCCAAUUUCCAAGGAACUGUACGAGCUGGAAACACUGUUCGGCCCCCGGAUGAACUUCAUUCUGCCUCACUCGAACGGCCCACCGUACAGCUUCAUGGCGAAGGUGGUCAGCAAGCAGACGGGCAGUACGGUGCUGACGUGCGAUCUGCGCUACCGCGUAAUCGUGAAGCAAUGCAAACGGUACAAGCCGAAAAACCGUGACCUCAAGGUUAGCUGCAGCCUGGAAAACAUCUGGGGCUCGCGGUGCACGUUCCACUGUCGCAGCGGGGGCUACCUGAGUCGGCCAAACUCGUACGUCGAAUGUGGCGAGAAUGAACUGUGGGAAGGAGAGGAACCGUACUGUAUAUUUAAUGAUGUGUCCGACGAUUAUGCGGCCGAUAGCAAUGCGUCCAAUAUGGCGGGUGACUGUCAGCUUGAUAUUCCGCCGGAAAAUGGGCGCUUUGCCUGCGAUCUGAAAGAGAACGAGGGUGGUGGCGCUAGCAGUGAGCUGUCCGUGCCUAACGGAACCGCCUGUCAGGUGACGUGUAAUGAGGGCUUCCAUGUCCCGGCGCAUCUGCAACCGGCCACCUUAUUCGGCUGUAACGACGGUCAGUGGAACAACACGAUGCGACCGUUCUGCUACAAACCGACCCCGAUCCCGGGCAGCAGCAGUCAACGUCGUCGAGGUUAUGGGUAAGGGAGCACUAGUAAAGGUGGGUUAAAUAAACCGUCCACCACGAUAGAGAUAAAGGUAGAGAGGGCUCGAAGUAUUUCUUUUUUCGAAGUAGAAGAGUAUUCGCGGUGAGACAUAUUCGGAGAGUAGUUUAAAAAAGCCAAAAGGCAGUAAAUGGCUUUCAUUGCUUCUGGAAAAUACAUUAAAUUAUAAACAGAACUUUUACUUUAUCCCCGGUAAAUCGACGUAACAAUAAUAAACGGACAUGCCUUACGCAAUAAAUGUAAUGUUGCCAUAUAAUCAUCAUGGAAGCGGGUCCAUAUGGACAGCCGGGAAUGCUCGGCAUCUCUAGCUCUAGGCUAGAUAGACGUCCGCUGUAGCAAACUCUAACAGGUGUCCAAAGGAUUGCGUAUACACUUAAGAAAACUUCAUUUCAUCGCUCUUUGGCAUCACAUGGCAAAACAAAACUAAAUAAAACAAAAAAAACUGGCAUCGGGAACUACUACGGAAUGCAACCAAGUUGCGCCAAAGCUAAGCAAAAUGUGAACGUGUUCCUUACUUAAAUGCAGCCGUAUUAAGAUUGUUUUCGCUUUUCGUAACUCUAACCAGCUAGGGGGUGUUAAGUAGCAGAAAGAGUUGACGAUUCGAAAGAUUUGAUGAAGGAAUGUGCGCAACGAAAAGCAUAUUUUAAUGUUUAAGGUAGCUCCGUGUGCUGCACGUCCUUGUAAUGCAACGUAACAGUGCGUAGCGUAACGUUAAUAAUAAUAAAACAGAAACCGAACUGUUGAGCAAAUCGACUACGAUAUCGCUUCGUGCUGUCGUGAGAUGACUAAUUCUUAUUAAUUUGUUUACAAAUCGUUUCAAUUUGAACAACGACAACAGAUGUAUAUUUUAGGCGUUCUUCUCUAAUCACCAAUGAUUCAAAAAGAUGUAGUAUUGCUAAAAUCAGCUCAAAAUUUUGCCGCUUUUACAUGAUAAUUUUUACAAACAUUUUGUUUUUCUCUAAACGGUUCAACAAUAAAAAUGAUAUAACUGAA